AUGCACUACCCAUCCUUUGGCCACUUCCUCUUGGCGAGCAUCCUUGCCGUCCAAGGUGUUCAGUCGUUGAACCUCAUCCCCACGGGUCAGGUCGCCAGACGCUAUGUAGCUCCCGCCUUGGCACUCGCCAUGCCUGCCCUGGCUGCGCCCCAGGCUGCCAGCAUCGAGGCUCGUGAGCCUCACCACCGCGGCAAGAAGACCAAGAAGGCCAAGGCCGCUAAGCGCGAGGAGUCUGCUGUUGAUGAGGCCCUUGAGGCCCGUGAUAUCGAGGCUCGUGAGCCCCAUCACCGUGGCAAGAAGACCAAGAAGGCGAAGGCCGCCAAGCGCGACGAAUCCGCCGUCGAUGAGGCCCUCGAGGCCCGCGACAUUGAAUCCCGUGAGCCUCACCACCGCGGCAAGAAGACCAAGAAGGCCAAGGCUGCUAAGCGCGACGAAUCCGCCGUCGACGAGGCCCUCGAGGCUCGUGACAUUGAAGCCCGCGAGCCCCACCAUCGCGGCAAGAAGACGAAGAAGGCCAAGGCUGCCAAGCGUGACGAAUUCGUCUCUGAGGAGGCCGUCGAGUCUGCUGAGCACGAGAUCGAGGCCCGUGAGCCCCACCACCGCGGCAAGAAGACCAAGAAGGCGAAGGCCGCCAAGCGCGAUGAGUCUGCUUCCGACGACGCCAUCGAGUCCGCCGAGCACGAGAUUGAGGCCCGCGAGCCCCACCACCGUGGAAAGAAGACCAAGAAGGCGAAGGCUGCUAAGCGUGAGGAGUCUGCCUCCGACGACGCCGCUGAGCACUCCGUCGAGACCCGCGAGCCCCACCACCGCGGCAAGAAGACUAAGAAGGCGAAGGCUGCCAAGCGCGACGAGUUCGCUUCCGAGGACGCUGCCGAGCACGCCGUUGAGGCUCGUGAGCCCCAUCACCGCGGCAAGAAGACCAAGAAGGCCAAGGCCGCGAAGCGCGACGAGUACGCCGCCGUUGAGGCU